GAGUCACUUGUAGAGAUUGAGAAAGGUUGGGGCUUGUGGACCUGGCGGGCAGAGUAGCCAUUUUGCUGUCCAUAUCAGUUCCAGGCCAGAAACUAAACACCUCCAUGACCGGAGCAAUUCGUCAUGGAGAAGGCCUAAAGUGAAUCACUGAAAUUAGCCCACACUAUGAAGAAGCCCACUGGAGUGCCUGUGUGGGUCAUCCACACGCCCACACCAGAAACCAGCAAGGGUGAUGAUGACUCCACAAGUAACAGAUCUAGUGCUCCACCUUAUGUACAGAAGGACAAUAAUGACACAAAAGGGAGCUUCAAUAAGAUGAAGUCCCUCAUCCCCAAUUCAUGGGGCAGCAUGACGCAUUACUGGAAGCGGAGAAGAGAGAGUGUGGCUGACUCUGAAACCAGUAGUGGUAAGAUUCAGAUCCUCCCUAAUGGUACCAGAGUGAGUCCUCCUGUAAGUCCCUUUCCGGAGCGCAUGAAAUGGGAUGAAACUGAGGAAAAACCUUUUUUAAAAGAAACCUCCCAAAGCCCAAAUGAGGACUCUCUACUCACAAGCAUCCAUCCUGUGGAGUACUACGCUGAGAAGUUGGAGGUGUACAACCAGAAGUACUCUUACUUGAAGUCAUGGCCAGGCCUGCUCCGACUUCUGGCUGGCAUUGAGCUUCUAUUCGGAGCUAUGGUGGUUGCUUGUGUCAUCGGCUACAUUCACAAAGACAGCGAAUGGUCCAACUCCUACGGGCUGUAUAAUGGCGUCUACAACAACGGGCUUGGCCUGACGGGAUACAGCUAUGGGGGGCCUAUGACUCCCUUCGUUGUGUCUGUGGCAGGAGUGUGUUGGCUUUUGACGAUGAUCGUCCUGGUGUUGGGAAUGACAAUGUAUUACCGCACCAUCCUCCUCGAUGCACCCUGGUGGCCCCUAACAGAGGCCUUGAUUAAUGUAACAUUGUUUCUACUCUACAUGGCGACAGCCAUCGUAUAUCUUAAUGACUUGAACCGCGGGGGGCUGUGCUACAUGACUGUCGGUAUCAGCCCCAUCUUGGGCGGUUUGUGCCGAGUCGAGGGGGGCCAGAUGGCGGGCACUGCUUUUAUCUUCAUCAACAUGACCAUGUAUCUGGGGAGUUUCCUGGUCUGUCUGAAGAUGUGGCGACAUGAAGCCGGGCGAAGGGAGAGGGUGGACUUUGAGGACAAGGCAAUGUAUCCAGGGGAGAGCCCUCGCUCCAACCUCCUGGCCCCACCAAAACCAAAGCACAUCUCGUUCAAGACUGAAGCAGACAACAGAGGGAACACAGGUCCAAACAACCAGCAUGGGCUUACUUCUGACAUCCAGAGGAGUCCUGUCUGUCAGAAAAAAAACGAGGCGGCUGCGUGCAUCCCCAAAGUGCAGAUCAUUGCAGACUACGUCCUGAAGUACCCGGAGAUCAGCUGUGUGGAAGAAAGGGAAAAAUACAAAGCUGUGUUCAAUGACCAGUAUCAGGAGUACAAAGAGCUUUACAAAGACAUCAACACCACGCUGAAUAAGUUCAGUGAGCUGGAUGCUGUCAUAGCACGACUCACCACAGAUGGAAAAAGCAGAGAGGACCGAGACAGGAUUAAAAACAUCUUGAAGCAGUAUGAGCAGAAAAAGAGCGAUCCUGCUUUUUUGGAGAAAAAGCAACGUUGUGACUACUUGAAAGCCAAACUGAGCCACGUAAAAAACAGAAUCCGUGUUUUUGACCAGGAUACAUCCAAAUUUAACAAAACCAUGUAUGAACCUCGGCACUAUGACAGCUGCCCUCUGUACAGCCCGCCCUACAGCGCCACCUCCCACAGCUUGAAUCCCGAAAGAAGCAGGCACUCCCCCUACAGCAAUUAUGUCAGCUACACCUCCAAACCCCUCGCAGAGUCCCAAUACGUGGAGGAGACGCCUCAACACUUCUACCGAUGGUUUUCACCCCCUGGUUUUGUCAAAACCUUCCAGGGAGCCACAGUGCUCAUGUGUUUCCUCAUCUUUGCCUGUGUGGCAUCAACAUUGGUGUGGGACAUAAAUGGAUUUGGCUACAGUGUUGUUGGCGGCGCAGGGAGUGUUCCAGGUGCGGGCCAAGGCUACUAUGGAGGCAGCUAUGGAUACAGUAGCUCCUACAUGACCCCGCAGUCCGCCAAGGCCGCAAUGAUCUCCAUGGCUGCCAUCAACUUCUUGGUUUCACUGGGGUUCCUGGUGGGGAGUUUUUCCCGGUCACGGGCCAUAAGAGGAUCUAGCUUCUACCUCACUGUGUUCAUCUGUGACACCAUCUUAGCUGUCCUUCAGGGCAUUAUUGACAUCAUUUUUGUGAUUGGGGUCAACCCAAUGUCUCAGAGCUCACAGAGCAUGAUGUACAAUCCAGUCCUGAUGAUGUGCCAGAACAUUCCGGACAGGCCCAGCCUUAGCGGCAGCAUAGGAGCUGGUUUUCCUGGGGGGUUCCCUAUGUACAACCAGUACCUGUACCACUAUUGCUUCAUGGACCCAGAGGAGGCCGUAGCAUUAGCUUUGAGUCUGAUGGUGGUGUUGGCCCUGUCAUUGGCUGCUUACUACUCCUGGAAGACUCGUAGCAAAAUUUGGCGCCAUGGCAAAGCUAACAUUUACUGGGACGAGCCACUGGUCAGGCAUUCAGAGGGGCAGAAUGUUCAAGACUGGGUAAACCAUGUUGGAGAGGGACGCAGCACCCAGCGGGCACCAACAUUUGUUAUAUCAGAGAAAGGAGCUUCUGACCUACGUGAGGGAAACAGUGUGGCCUACUACUGCCAUGAUACAGGCCUCAGUCACAGCCAGGAAAAUUUGAAAAGCAAAAGCUUCUGUAAGGAGAGUAGCAAGCAUCAAGACGCUGACCUUCUGUACCAGAACAGCAGGCCUGCAUUGUGCAGCAGCUCCUCAGGUGAAGCCGAUAGCAGCAGGAAAUCCGGCUUAAGGGAACAGAGGAACCACGGAGAUCGUGCUGCUCGGGAGACGGUGGAGCGCCGAAAUGAAACACCUUACAACACUGGAGGAGACACUGCCGAUGAGCUGGACCAAAACCGAGACCGAUACCUCUUCAGACAGUACCCAGAGAUCAUUUCAGACCAACAGCGCCAGCAGUACAGGCGAGAUUUCGACUCCGCCCUGGUUCGCUAUAAGAGCCUGUGUGAAGAAAUGGAUGACAUCUGUGACCAGAUUCACAAGCUGAGUCGAGAACUCCACUCACUGGACAAGGAUUCCAUGAAGUACCAGGAUGUGGUUGAUGAAUAUAACAGACUGAAAGAUCUUAAAAGGGGACCAGAUUAUCAGGGAAAAAAGAGGGAGAGCAAAGAACUACGGCAAAAACUGUUUCACAUCAAACGCCUGGUAAAAAACUUUGACCAAGGUCUUUGUUAGCACAUGUCCAUCAGUCUAAAGUUGAAGAAACAAGGAUGCAAUCAGACAGGACUGCACAUGUUAACAUUGAUGCUUUAAAACUGGAUAAAACAUGUUGCUCACUUUGUUUACAUUAACCAUGUGGCACUGAGGUUACUGGCACAGCUUGUGAACUUUGCUCUGAAAAAAAUCUGAAAUAAAACAUAUUCCUUUGUGAAAGAACAUCACUGCAUAUAAAAAGUCUGCACACCCCUAUUCAAAUUCCAGGUUCUUGUAAUGUACAAAAUGAGGCCAAGUUAAAUAAUUUCAAAACUUUUAUCAUUAAUGUGCCAUAACCUGUAAAGAGCAAUUGGGGAAAAAAAAAACUUUUGGAGAAGGGAAUAAAAAACACACUGAAAUAAUGUAGUUGCACAAGUGUGCACACCCUCUUUUAACUGGGAAUAUACUGUAGCUGUGUUUGUAAGUAAUCAAUCACAUUAAAACUCAUUGUAAAUGGGAGUCAACUCACACCUGCCACCAUUUAAAAGUUCCUUAAGCAAAAAUAAAUGUUAAAUGUUCUAGUAUGCUUUUUCUAACUUUACUUUUUGCUUUCUAUCCGAGACUUCUCUGGGGAAAAAAAAAUUCACAAUGAUGGAAAAAGCUUUUAAAUGAUUUAUCUUGGUCUCAUUUUCACAUCACAAAAAGUAAGCAUUUCAACAUGGGUGUGUGGAUUUCUACUGUAUGAUAUGUUACAAUAAAUAAAAAAAACUGUCGUUAA